AUGUCCACUUUUGCCACUCCUGCCACCACCUCGGGCUCAUUGUUCACUGCCAUUGCAACCUCUUCUCCCAACUUUCCAAACAAAUCGUCGCCGGUGUCCAUUCCAAGCGGAGUGAGCUCUUCAGGCCCUAUUGAGACAAACAAUUUUUACGGAAACAUUUUGUUGGAUGACCAAACGUCUUAUGUGUACACCCAUCCAUACGUUGUCUGGUACUCCAACUCUUCUGGAACCGAGGGAUUGGCUGUGAACUACUCUACCGCCAGCCAAAGGGUUAGCGGACCGGGUACUACAGCCCCAGUCGAGUACUUCCUCAGUCCUGCUGGAAACAAAUGCCUGGUUCUUGGCGCUUCCGAGUUUGAUUCUUCCAUGUCGCUCAAAAUUGAUACACCAAAAAGAUUCUCUGUUAAUGCCAAGUUUGCCUCUGCCAAGUACGGUACUAUGACAUGUCCCCUUCUGCAAGGUAUAGGCUUUGUUACCGGAGUUUAUGACGAUUUGACCCCUGUUAUCCACUCCGGUGUUGGCAUUAGCUCUGUUUCUGGAGGAACAGCUCCAAGAUCUGGUAUCAACAAGUAUGUCAUCAAGUUGAGUAAUGAUACGACUUGGACGAUGUUUGUCACCGUUCCAAGCGGCCAGUCUUUGUCUUUCUCGUUGGAUGGUUCUUCCAAAAUUGUUGGAUCCAACUCCGUUAGUGGAGCAGUGGUGCAAAUCUGUUGCGGUACCGACUCUUCGUUUGACUCUGCUGCUGGUUGUUAUCCAACUGCCUGCACUCUUUCGGGCUCUGUUAGUGGCUCAAAAGGAACCUAUGCUCUCUCCUAUACGACGUCCGGUACUUCGAACAGCGGGAAAACAUUGAUGUUUGCUCUUCCUCAUCAGGUUGACUCGUUCACGUCGACGACAUCGGGCUCGAAAACAUCUGCCGAGCUAACGGACACGGUUCAUGGUACGGUUGUGGGAUACUUGACCAAAAAGUUUGAGAUGUCUGAAACGUUGCCUACCUCCAUGAGCCUGGCUCCUUUCACGACAAUAUCUGGAUGGUCUAAGCCAAACUACACAUCUGCACAGCUAUCUGCAAUUAAAACAGCAGCAGAAGCAGAUGCAAAUGAUGAUGUUGCCAGUCUCUCAAACUUAGAUUCCAUGUACUAUAGUGGAAAGAUCUUGGAUAAGUUUGCCUACGUUUUGUACACGAUCUACUAUGUGUUGGAGGAUGAAUCAUUGGCGAAGACGUUUUUGGCCAAGAUGAAAACAGCAAUGGAAAGAUUCACCGGCAAUAAUCAAACCUACCCCCUUGCAUAUGAUACGACCUGGAAAGGUAUUGUUUCGGAGGCCGGGUUAAGCGGAGACAGUGGGGCAGAUUUCGGAAACACCUACUACAACGAUCAUCACUUCCAUUAUGGGUACCAUGUUCAUGCCGCUGCUAUCAUAGCCAAGGUGGAUAAGGAUCUGGGAGGAAGCUGGCUCAGUGAUAACAAGGACUGGGUUAAUGCUCUAGUCAGAGACUAUGCCAAUCCCAAUGACAGUGACAGUUACUUCCCUGUUUUCCGUAACUUUGAUUUUUUCAUUGGUCAUUCUUUUGCACACGGUAUCACCGUUUAUGCGGACGGAAAGGAUGAGGAGUCCAGUUCUGAAGACUACAACUCGAUCUAUGCAAUGAAGAUAUGGGGGGAUGUCAUUGGUGACACAAACAUGGUCAACAGGGCCAAUCUGAUACUUUCAAUCAUGAGAAGAUCGAUUGGUACGUACAUGCUCUACAAAGACGACAACUCUGUUGAGCCCUCCAACUUCAUCGGCAAUAAGUGCAGCGGUAUCAAGUUUGAGAACAAGAUUGACCACACCACCUAUUUCGGGACCAACGAGGAGUAUAUCCACGGAAUUCACAUGUUGCCAAUCACUCCGGUUUCGUCAUGGAUUAGAGACCCUACCUUUGUGAAGCAGGAGUGGGAAGAAAAACUGUCCUCAUUGAUAGAUUCGGUGAGCUCGGGAUGGAAGGGUGUCCUGAUGUUGAACGUUGCUUUGUAUGAUCCCCAGGAAGCGUAUUCCUUCUUCAGUGGCUCAAGCUUCAGCUCCGACUACUUGGACGAUGGGCAGACGAAGACAUGGUGUUUGGUUUACAGUGCUGGUGUGAUGUCAUAG